GCAGGUCAGAAAGUUUUGACAUGUUAACCGACACAGAUCUUCCCUCCGUCUCUGGCUUACACCGCCCGCAGCCUGAAUGUCAAGAACUGACCUCAGCUUUUCCCUCCAGAAAUAACUAAACCCGACCCGCUAUCCUGGGAAGCAACCUCGUCUUUAUCAGCGUAUAAGAUAACCUUUAAAACCAUGGACUUUAUCCAGAAACUAAUGUCGGGUUUCAGACUUGACCUGGGACCCGUGAAGGAGCCUUUGGGGUUUAUUCGGCUUCUGGAGUGGCUCUUCACCAUCUUUGCCUUUGCCACUACUGGUGGCUAUCUCGGUGCUGGUGUCAUUACCACUGAAUGUCCCACAAAAACGGAUAUUAAAAUACAGUUUGGCUAUCCUUUCAGGCUCGCGGCUUAUCCGUUUACUAUUCCUAACUGCAAUGGAAGUACAGGGAACAUAACUUACCUGAUGGGAGAUUACUCCUCUUCGGCUGAGUUCUUUGUGUGUGUGGGCGUCUUCGGUUUCCUGUACUGCACCUUCACCUUGAUUCUAUACUUGGGCUACCAGCAUGUUUACAGAGAAACCAACCGAGGACCCAUCAUUGAUCUGGUUUUGACUGCGAUCUUUGCGUUUCUGUGGCUGGUGUCGUCCUCUGCCUGGGGAAAAGGACUAACUGAUGUGAAAAGUGCCACUGACCUGAGUGUCCUGGUCGAUCGCUGCAAGCCUGCGUGCCAAAUCCACGAAUACCCUGCCAUGGGACGCCUCAAUGCUUCUGUGAUUUUUGGCUUCCUCAAUCUGAUCUUGUGGGCGGGUAACUGUUGGUUCAUCUAUAAGGAGACUCCGUUCCACAAGCCUGCUCACCCACCUCCCAACCCAGAGGAAGGAGGUCCGAGCUCCUAAUUGGAUCAGCCAGACUCCUCCCUCUCCGUUCAAGCCAAUCCAAACCAGAGGACGCCACUGCCUGUUCACAUUGACUCAUCCUAAAGCAAAGUAAAGUUUGAUAAGCAAAAGCUUUGGCUCAACCAAACGGUCCAGCUGCAUGCAGUGCGGUCCGCUGCUUUUACACACGCUGAGCGGAACGCUUGCUGUGGGUGUGUGUUGUCUUGUUGUUUUUGUUUUAUUUUGUGUUUGUUUUACUGGUCAGUUAUUAUCUGAACACCUGUCUUAGUGAUGUUGUCUGGAACAAGUCUUUUUUACAUCCAGGACCCAUAAAACGAAGCCUUUAGAAUUCUUCUGGAAUUUAACUGCAAAUUUGUACUACACUCUAACUAAUGUCGUUCACUUUUGGUGCUUUUGUGUUUUCAGUCAGCGUUUAUAUACAUAUAUGUGCCUCCAGUCUCCUCAGCUAGGUGAAUUGUGAAGUGCCAGAUCCAUGCUCCGCCCACAAGCGCGUUCUUUUGUAGCUACUUUUGGACAGGCUUUGCAAAAUGUAGGCAAAAACUUAUUCAACCUAAUGAAUUUGGGGUUUAGAGUCACUACAUAAUGUUGAGUUUCCAGUUGCUACACUACCGAGCUGGACUGUGUUGUUGCACUUAAUCGAAACUAGGCAGGUUGUAAACAACAACAGUUUUGCCACAAUCUUAAUGUUGGCUUGUUUACGUGAUUUAAAAAAACUACACUACAUUUAUCCUAACAUUGUGAGAUACAAUAUAAGUAUCAUUCGUAUUUGAAGCAGCAUAUGCAACAUUUUUUGGUUAAAAUAAAAAGAAGUGGCAUAACUGAGUGACCCUGUAAAGCCUGAAAUUAUAAUUUAAAAGUCAGAGGUGUCGGGUUGGAUUUAGUGGGACUUUUUCUGAUCAUGUUAUAUGUCAUUGUGUGCAUGUGACAUUAAUACAUGUCUCAAAUGCCCAAUCAGCAUUAUAGUGAUUACCAUAACAAACUUUUCUAUAAAUGCUCUUUCAGGGCACUCAUAAUCAUCAGAUUUGUCUGCUUGGGUAGGGGGUCUGCACACAACAUACAUUACAAAAUGUUUUUCCACACAUUCUGUGCAGUUACAAGUUUCCACCAGAGAGGUCUCCAAAUCCCCAAAACUUACUUAGUGUAGCUUUAAUAAUGUGCAUUAAAUCUCUGUUAAUAGUUUGACACCAACUGUGUUUCUCAUUAAGUUAAAGUUGUAUAAAGCUUGUCCAACUCAACGACAAAGUAGCUGUGAAUGAACACGGUUGUGGAUGGCGCACGGACAAUCCCUGUCCUGUCAGUUUAUUGAGUUCCCACAUGACUAAAUCUUUCUUUUCGGGUUUUCUCGCUUUACUCUUUGCAAGCCAGACUUCUUAAAAACGAAAGUAUUGCCUUUUAAAAACCUUACACACCAAGUGCCAUCUUAUUGUGCCUCUCUUGUGUACUGAGACACUAACGCCUUACUGCAGACGCUUUAAAGUCUUGUCUGCGUAGUGUAGAUGUUUUUGCACUGUUUAUUCUUAUUGGGAAGUGCCUUAAUCAUUGACAUCUGUUGUCUGUUAUCUUAUGGUUCAGCGAGGGGGCGAACCUCAAGUAGAUUUUUGCCACACUUUUGAAAGCACUUGACAAGUCAGGGACAGACAAAUCAGUUUUCAUUCAGAUCAGCUCCAGACCUUAAGUGGAAAUUCUCCAGAUUUUUCUACAUUUUCUGCAUUAUUUAAUUGUUGAGAUGUAAACAAAGUCAUGCAGAGUGGUUUGAUGUGAAACUUAGAUUUCUUUACAGUGGUGGUGAUAGGAACCAGGGGUCACGAUGUCUACAGCACAAAUAUUGCCAUUUUAUUUACUAUCCCAAACCACCAGGGAACCCACCUGGGUUUAUCAUGUUGAUAAAGGUAAAAUAUUGGUACGACUAAAAUAAAAAACUAGGCCGGUCGUAAACAACACCACCUAAUUUGUCACCAGGCUAUUAGUAGCUUGUUUACAUGAUUAAAAAAAAAAAACUACACCCAAACAUUCUGAACUUUAAUGCAAAUAUAACAGAAAAAAAUCAUUUGAUUUUAGAGCCUGUACUACUCCACCUGCAGAUACCACCCCACCAUUAAAAACCAAUUUAAAGUAGGAUAAAAACUUUACUUAAUACUAUCUUAAAACAACGCCUCAGGCAUAAAGCAGUGUAUUCAUAAGCAUUUCAUGUAAUAACCUUCUGUAAGGGAGCUUUUAGAGGUGGAUGUCCGGUUCCUGUCACCACCACUGUGAACAAUUCCGACUAAAGUUUCUCUAGAAUGGAGCGUUUUACACCAAACCACUCUGAAUGACUUUAUUUACAUCUAAAUGAUUUAACCAUGCUGAUUUACCAGUCAAAUCCCCCUUUAAUACGCUUUGCUAAUUCUUUUUGUGGAAAUAUUUAAGUAGUAUAACUGUUUGGAUUUGAGUGUGUGGUAUCUGGUGAUAAAGAACUUUAAGCCAGUUUCCUUCUGUACUUAUUAUGGAGAAAGAAUGUGUGAAAUAUCGAACACUAACGUCUUUUUUGAUGCCCUUUCUAUUCAAAUCAGACGCGCCAUCCUUGUUUAUAGUUGCGUUAUUACCCUAAGCAGUCUGAUAGCUCGCGGUGGCUUUGUGGUCUGCCUGUAUUGUACAUUCAAUGUGAAGAACAUCCUGUGUAAUUCUGUAUUUGGUCAUUUCUGUUUUCUUUCUUUUAUGAAACAAUGAAGCAAGAAAAUUCUCACUCUGUCAACUCUAAGAAGUAUCAUUAUGUUUUAUUAUUUGAUGGUGAGCUGUCAAAUAGUAGCAGACUUGUUAAAAUUGCAAGUCUCGCAUCAUUUGAUGGUAGUAAAUAGCAUUAAGAAACUCUAGAAAGUGAUUUAUCUUACUGAAUUUCUGUAUCGCUUGAUAUUUUUUCUUUUUUUUUUAAUUGACUAUGCUUUGUCCCUUUUAUUUUGCCUUAACAAUGAUUGUUUUACUUAUGCAAUAGGAAAGCAUUACUAAUACUGUGCCUUUGGCCCUAAUCUUAGUUUUUUUGAUGUGGUGUCGCCUAUCAGGCAGUAGUGAAUACGCCAAAAUGACAUUUGCCUUAGUAAGAAAGUGUCCUGCAUAGAAACCCAGAUAGUCUGUUUACCAGCAGUAUUUAAGGAAAACAGUGCCAAUAUAAUAGUUUAUCUCUCUCAGCUGGUUUUAUACUGUCUCUGUACAAACGCCAUUGAAAUAUCUCAUGGAGAAACUUUGAAAGGGCCUUUUUUUUUCUAAGUAAAUCUACUCUAAUUUUCUUAACAGGGGUCUGGGGUGAAAUGCAUUGCUCUUCUACUUUGUACCUUUAUUGAUAAGAUCAGGAGAAAAAUAUUAACUAAGUUUGUUAAGAUGUUCUGUGAUGAGGAGGAUUAAAAGAGGAGAGUUUCA